UUAGCAUAAAACAGUCCGGGAUCUGCACGAGUCGCGGGAACACAUCUGCAAACACAUCGAGUUAUAACGCGAUAAAAACACACCGCGAUAAACAUGAGCGACAACGAGAAACUGGACAACCAGCGGCUGAAGAACUUCAAGAAUAAAGGACGCGAUCUGGAGACCAUGAGAAGACAGAGAACUGAAGUUGUAGUUGAACUCCGAAAGAAUAAACGAGACGAGCACCUGCUGAAGAGGAGAAACGUGCCGCACGAGGACAUCUGUGAUGAUUCUGAUGCAGAUGGAGAUUUCAGAACGCAAAACACUUCUCUGGAAGCAAUAGUGCAGAAUGCGACCAGUGAUAAUCAGGGCAUUCAGCUGAGUGCUGUGCAGGCCGCACGGAAGCUGUUGUCGAGUGACCGCAACCCUCCUAUAGAUGACCUGAUCAAGUCUGGUAUUCUGCCCAUCCUCGUGCACUGUCUGGACCGAGACGAUAACCCAUCACUUCAGUUCGAGGCGGCUUGGGCUCUCACUAACAUCGCUUCAGGCACGUCUGAGCAGACGCAGGCGGUGGUGCAGUCAAAUGCGGUUCCUCUGUUCCUGCGUCUGCUGCAUUCUCCUCAUCAGAACGUGUGCGAGCAGGCCGUCUGGGCUUUAGGGAACAUCAUCGGUGAUGGUCCUCAGUGCAGAGAUUACGUCAUCAGUCUGGGUGUGGUCAAACCCCUGCUGUCCUUCAUCAGUCCCUCUAUACCCAUCACCUUCCUCCGCAACGUCACCUGGGUGAUGGUCAAUCUGUGCCGCCACAAGGACCCGCCACCACCCAUGGAGACCAUCCAGGAGAUUCUGCCGGCACUGUGUGUGCUCAUUCACCACACUGAUGUCAAUAUUCUGGUGGAUACCGUUUGGGCUCUGUCCUAUCUCACUGACGCUGGGAAUGAACAGAUACAGAUGGUCAUAGACUCUGGAAUUGUGCCAUACCUCGUACCUUUACUCAGCCACCAGGAGGUCAAAGUGCAGACGGCAGCGCUGCGAGCGGUGGGGAAUAUUGUGACAGGAACUGAUGAACAGACUCAGGUGGUGCUGAACUGUGAUGCUCUGGGUCACUUCCCAGCCCUCCUCACACACCCCAAAGAGAAGAUCAACAAGGAAGCUGUGUGGUUUCUGUCCAACAUCACGGCAGGGAACCAGCAGCAGGUCCAGGCCGUUAUUGAUGCCAAUCUCGUGCCCAUGAUCGUUCUGCUGCUGGAUAAGGGGGACUUUGGCACUCAGAAGGAGGCGGCGUGGGCCAUCAGCAACCUGACCAUUAGUGGCAGAAAGGAUCAGGUGGCAUACCUGAUCCAGCAGCAGGUGAUUCCUCCCUUCUGUAAUCUGCUGACAGUGAAGGAUGCUCAGGUAGUGCAGGUGGUGCUGGACGGACUCAGUAAUAUUCUCAAGAUGGCUGAUGAAGAAGCAGAGACCAUUGCUAACCUCAUCGAGGAGUGUGGAGGUUUGGAGAAAAUCGAGCAGCUGCAGAAUCAUGAGAAUGAGGACAUCUAUAAACUGGCUUAUGAAAUAAUCGAUCAGUUCUUCUCAUCUGAUGAUAUUGACGAGGACUCUAACCUGGUUCCAGAGGCGAUCCAAGGAGGAACUUACGGGUUUAAUUCCUCUACCAACGUGCCAGCAGAAGGGUUCCAGUUCUAGAAGAUGGCUGAAAGGAGAAACGAAAUCAAAGUGGAGGAUGGACUUCACACAGCCAUGUCCAAGGGAGGCAUUUUGCAAGAAUGGCACCUGAAUGCGAGCAUGGGGUCAAAAUGAAAAGGGACAAACAUCUCUAACCUGUGCACCCAUCUAAAUAUUUAACACUCGGCUGUCUUUGAAGAGGCACAAAAACCGAGAUGCUGAAGAGGAAAACGAAUCGAGCCACAUUCAAGCUUCACUUCCCAAAAGUGUUUUAAAAGCAGACAAAGUGGCAGAUGUUCGCUCAAGCACUUGAGAGGAUUAUUACGAAGGUGACUGCUACAGACAACCAGCCUUUCUCAAAGGCUUCCAGAGACUCGAGGCUGCUGCAGAACCAAUAUAUACACUGAAGAGUGAAGCGCUGUACUACACAGAGCUGUUCCCUAGUAUUCAUAGUAAAAUAUUCAAGAAGGUUGCAACUUUGCUUCUACCGUGGACUGGUGCAACUGAAUCCCUAAUGAGUCUAACAUGCUUGUGAAUCCACUGAUCAAUGAAAUGGCAAGUCAUUCUGAACACUAAAGCAAUGACUGGAUCACACACUGGAGAGUACAGUGCAUCCAGAAAGUAUUCACAGCGCAUUUUAUGUUUCAGCCUUUUUCCAAAAUUGAUUAAAUUCAUAAUUUUCCUCAAAAUUCUACAAACAAUACCCCAUAAUGACAACAUGAAAGAAGUUUGUUUGAAAUCUUUACAAAUUUUUCAAAAAUGAAAAAAAAUCACAUGUACAUAAUUAUUCACAGUCUUUGCCAUGACACUCAAAAUUGAGAUCAGGUGCUUCCUGUUUCCACUGAUCAUCCUUGAGAUGUUUCUACAACUUGAUUGGAGUCCACCUGUGGUAAAUUCAGUUGAUUGGACAUGAUUUGGAAAGGCACACACCUGUCUAUAUAAUGUCCCACAGUUAACAGUGCAUGUCAGAGCACAAACCAAGCCAUGGAGUGAAAGGAACUGCCUGUAGACCUCCGAGACAGGAUUGUAUCGAGGCACAGAUCUGGGGAAGGGUACAGAAAAAUGUCUGCAGCAUUGAAGGUCCCAAUGAGCACAGUGGCCUCCAUCAUCUGUAAAUGGAAGUUUGGAACCACCAGGACUCUUCCUAGAGCUGCCCGGCCAAACUGAGCGAUCGGGGGAGAAGGAUUGCUCUCCAGUUCCCAGACAUGCUGUCACCUCGUCCUCGACCACUCACCCUCUGCUGACAGCCACUCAUACCCGGGCGGACAGCAGUGAGCCCCUCCUCCCCUUGUGGAUGGCGGCCGUUCCUCUGCAGCCGGCAGCAACUCCUCCAGCUGCUCCUUUAAGCAGAUGGCAGUGGCGAGGACUCUACAAGAGUGCAUCUCUCCUCCAUCCCAGGCUUCGGCGCCAAUGUAACAGGGUUAAAAUGGGAAAGGAGGCAGGAACCGGACGAUCCGUCAAUGUAAUAUUUAGUGAAAAUUUUAACAAAAUGACACAUGCACGCAUGGCAACUGCGUGUGGCUCGCUCUCUCCUGAACUGAUUGGCACAAUUGAGAGUCGAGCAUGCACACUCCCAGCCCCACCCUCCUCCUCGUCUCGUUACCUCAGUGAUUUAGACCGUGGCAUGAUUGUUUGUGUCAGACGGGCUGGUUUGAGUAUUUCUGUAACUGCUGAUCUCCUGGGAUUUUCACACACAACAGUCUCUAUGCAAGUACAUAUUCUGAGUAUAUUCUAGAGAAUGUUUGGUGCAAAUGAAAUGAGGAAAGGUUCUGAAAGUUUUGCUCAACUGGGAGUAUUCUGCAUGACUGCUGUGCAUUUUCCAUUCCCCUAUUUGAAUUGUGACUAGAAGCACCUAAUAAACAUGCAAAAAAAUUAUUCUAGGGCAGUUUUCCUAAAUUCAUGUCCACAUAUGUGAGACUGACAAGUUGUUAGUUGUUUUUUUUUUGGGUAAAUCAUUGUCCAGUAGUGUUGAUUAUUCAAGUUUGAGACAGAAAUGAUCAUAAUUAAUUCAGAUUGAAAGUAAUGUCCAGCAUCAUCCAAUCACUGUCAA